AUGGCGGCGUCAUCUCAGCCGACUUCCGUGCCCCAGGUUGGGAAGCUCGUCAGUGUGGUACCUGUUGGUCUUAAAGAAGCCGCCCUCGAUUCCCCCACGUUUCGUUCGACUACCAUCCAUUUCGCCGAUCAACUCGAACAUGUCGAACGAUGGCUCGACGGUUAUGCCAAAGCAGCUGGCAAGCUUGCAUCAGAGCUGGCCGUUUUUGAGCAAUCGAUGACAUCCUUCAUGUCGUACAUGACGAAUCCCCUCAACGUCUCCGAAGCCGUCAUUGACCAUGACUAUACCCUGCUAGCCGUAAGACGACACGGAGACUGUAUGAAGGAUACAUGGGGAUCGCUGUUAGGAUCUAUCAAAAAAGCGGAUCGUUUGGUUGUGGAUCCGAUAAAGGCCUUUAUUCAAGGAGACUUGCGGAAUUUUAAAGAGACACGGCGUACAUUGGAACAAACCCAGAGGAAUUAUGACCAUCUUCUAUCGAGAUAUUCUGGCCAGGCAAAACAAAAAGAGGCAUCUGCACUACGUGAGGAUGCAUUCCAAUUACACGAAGCUCGCAAAGCCUACCUCAAAGCCUCGCUGGACUUUUCAAUACAAGCUCCGCAAAUCCGCAACACUUUGGAUAAACUCUUGGUUAAAAUAUCUUUCGAUCAAUGGCGGGAGAUGAAGCUGAUCUAUGAUCAUAACACUACAAACUUUACAAAAUGGGGCCAGGAUAUGGAUCGUAUCAAGGGUUGGGUGCAUGAGAUGGAAAAUAGCGAGAGGUAUUCUCUCAAGGAGUUGUUGGCUGCACGCAAACAGAUCGAAGACGCCGCAGAGCUAGCGACGAGACCUUCACGGGAACUGGACGAUUAUUCCGUCUCUACUGUUCCCUAUCUUGGACAAGCUCUUUCAGUGAAGUCAGAUAGUGCAAAGCCUUCAAAAGCAGAGAAACAGGGUUGGGUGUAUUUGAGAACAACUACUGGUAAGCCUACGAGGAUGGUGUGGGUGCAUCGUUGGGCUUUCCUGAAGAAUGGAAUAUUCGGAUGCCUGGUACAAAGCUCAAGGACUGGUGGCGUUGAAGAAACAGAACGCAUUGGUGUCUUGCUCUGCAACAUUCGUCCAGCAUUCCAGGAAGAGCGGAGAUUCUGCUUCGAGGUCAAGACCAAGAAAAAUACAAUCAUGUUACAAGCUGAAACCCAAAAAGACCUAAUGGAAUGGAUUAGCGUCUUUGAAGCAGCAAAGCAAAAGGCCCUGGAGAAUCCUGCGAGCUCAGUCGCUGGAAAGCUUGUCGUUCAGGAUCCUGCUUUCUCUAUUUCGCACCCUCCAGCACCUGAGUUUACUUCCGAUAGCACUGAAUUUUUGACUUCUACAGCUGGAGAUGACCCCUCCAAUGUGGAACGCACGCCCACCUUACCUGUUCCCGAGCGCGAUCCAUCGUCAGUCAGAAUCAGCAGUGAUUUUGCUAAUUCUGCUAAACGUUUACCGGGACUUGAUGGCGAGGCUGGUAGCGGCAGAGAUCACACUUCGCGAAUUAUCCAGAAAUUCGACAUUCACCGGAAGUCAACUUCACCGGCUCCACAGACUCCUAUGGGCAAUAAUAGCGGUGGCAUUGCUAGUCUCAUCACAGCCAGCCACAGUCUGUUGCCAUACGGUUCUGGUGCCAUUUUACCCCGCUCUCAGGUAGAAAUUGAUGCUAAUCAAGCAGGCCGUGAUGAAGCAAGCACACUUGCCCCUGUUACUCUGGCAAAUCCACCAGCUCCGACCAGUAUGAGCAAGGUGGCGGUCGCUGUUAGUAACGAGCGUGGCAUUGGGGUGGGCCUUGCAGAUUCUACAGGGGGCAUGCCAAGUGGCAUGAUGGCCAACCUUUGGGGUAGUACGAAUUGGGGGUUUGUCAACACAUUUCAUACAGAAGGUAUUCGCCUACGAGAUCCGAAAGCUUCGAGCGAAGGAAACGCGUCACAGAGUUCAUCGAGCACGACCGUUGACGAUACUAAAUCCGCACCCACACCAGCAGCAGUUCGACAUAGACAAACAGUCAGUCUUGACGGAGAUGCUAGCAAGCUACAGAGAUCCAUCAUUGGCUUCACACAUGAAUAUCCCAGUUACUAUCCUUCCCGUCUGCGCUUUCAAGAUGCUCAAUUCCGGCUUUUAUUUCCUAAUGUGAAAAGAGAGGAAAGUCUGGUCAUGGUUUUCAGAGCGACUUGGAAUCCCAAUGAUAACCAGGAGUUUCCGGGUCGUGCUUUUGUAACAACUCGAAACAUCUACUUUUAUAGUCAUCAUUUCGGACUCGUCUUGACAGCAAGUCAACCACUUGAUACCAUAUCCGAAGUGACCGCCGCUAUUGGAAGAGACUGCGAUUUCUUGUUUCUUCAUGUAUUGUCACUGCCCGGCGCUGAUAAUCCAGGUCGUGUUACUAUAAAGACUUUCCUUGAGCCCUUGAGAUUGUUGCAGAAACGAUUGAACUACAUGAUCAAGGUAGCAACGUCAGAGGAGAGCCCAGACUUAGAAACGAUCAUCAAAGCGUUGAUGAAAAUGGAGACCGAUUCUCUGCCGAGGUCGGUCAGUCUGGAUAGCUGGGAAGAUGUGUCCUUGGAUGUCCCAACAGAUACUCGCUCUCGUUCUGGAACAGGGGGCUACAAAGAUUUCAAAGUCCCAGUAUAUGUGGAGAAAGACUUGAGCGCCAAUUUCGAAAGAAGCAGUAAUGGAAGAGACAUUCAAAAGUUCAAACUACCAAAUCAGCCGGUUCAGUACGUUCCACAAGGGAACCUACAUGUCGCUGCUGAGAAGGUAUUUGAUAUCAGCUCCAAAACCCUGUUCCACGUUCUGUUUGGCGACAAGAGUGUGAUGUGGCAGUUACUAUUACAUGAAAGAAUGGCUUCUGGUAUCAAGCAGGGACCAUGGAAAACUUUAGAUUCGGGGCACAUGAGACGAGACUUUGAUUACUUUAUUGAAAGGGAUGAUUUACUCGGACGACCCAACAAAACGAAAGUCUCAGACUAUCAGAUCAUUGAUGUUCUUAAUGAUCAUCUUUGUUACGUCGUUACAGAUAAACGCACACCAUGGCAUCUACCCUUCAGGCGAAAUUUCAGACUCGUCAGCAAGAUUGUCAUCACAUACAUUUCAAAGUCCAAGUGCAAGCUGGCUAUCUACACCAAGGUUGAGUGGCUAUGGUCGCCGUAUGUCUUGAAAAGUAUUAUUGACCGACAGGCAAUGAACGAUCUAGAGCAAGAUGCUUUAGACCUAGUGGAUUUGACCAGUGACCAGGUCCGAAAACUAGGGCCUCGCAAUCGAACCAAGAGGGCCAUCACCAUCUUUGGCUUGAUUGGUCAUGAAACAGGCGUAUUUCAAUUCUCAGCAGCGGACACACGAGCGAUCACACAGGCACACAAGUCCCGGAAACAACGUUCGCUGACGUACUUGAUGUUCGAGUCUACGGCAUCUUUGUUACAGAGCGCCAUCUCGUCUCUAAUGAUAUGGUUCUUGGCACUCGUACAAUGGUUAUGGAAAACUUGCAGCGCCCAUAGUCUGAUUCUUGCAUUAUUGGGCUCAAGCCUAUUGAUCAAUGGCUUCUAUUCAUCUCGCGAUACAUAUGAUUGGUGGCAUGAACGGAAUGCUGCCAAGCUCCUGACUCGACUUGGAGUUCAUUCCGAUCAUGUCAUGAGCAAAGCGAUAUUCGUCAAAGACCUCGAAGAAGCCACAGCUUACACAGAUUCUGCGUGGGCAAGAGGAUCAAACGGCAAUGCAAGCUAUUGCUUCUCGACGUUCCAUGAGCAGAUGAUGCUCAAUCACAACAAUUCGCUGUCUUUCCCAUCAGAAAUCCCGACAGAUGAUUAUGUGGAGUGGAACGCCAACCGGCGUCUGCAGGCUACUCGCCAACGACUCGGUAUGUACCGGCACGACCUAGUUGUUGCCCUACGAGUCGUGAAUAGAAUUGAGAAUGAAGUGCUGAAAGGCGAAUGGGAACGGUGGCUUGGUAGAGAGACACAGCGCUGCGAUCGAGUUUCGGGGAUUUUGGGAGAGCAUGCAGGUGAUCUCAACACCAACGAAAGCGUCCUUUCCGGUCAUGAAGAGGAUGUGAAACGGUGGUACGACGAGUAUUGCUCCAGCUGCCAUGAGGAACUUGAGCGAUUGGAUUCACCAGUUGUUUAA